CGCUGCAACUUUUACACGAAGCCCCUCGGAAUUUCUUCGACCUCCUAAACUCACCCCCACCGCGAUUCUUCUCCCCUUCCCCCAAUCUCGCGUGAGGCGAACCCUAGCCCCGUGAUCCUCUCGCCGGAGAGGACGAGGGAGGGAGGCCAGGGACUCCUCGCCGGCGGCGAAGAUGGAGGUGAAGCUGUGGAACGACAAGCGGGAGCGCGAGCUCCUGGAGAGCCUCGCCGACCUGUACGCCAUCAUCAAGGCGACGGAGAAGCUGGAGCGCGCCUACGUCCGGGAUCUCGUCUCCGCCACCGACUACGAGGCCGAGUGCCUCAAGCUCAUCUCCCAGUUCAACUCCCUCUCGUCCUCGCUCGCCGGCGUCGUCACCAUCCCCCGAUUCGUCGAGGCCUACCGCCUCGACUGCCCCGCCGCCCUCAACCGCCUCGUGCAGUCCGGAGUCCCCGCCACCGUUGAGCUCCGCGCCGCGGCAUCCUCGUCCGCGCCGGCGUCAUCCGCGGCGUCUGCGGCAGCCAUCGCCCAGUGCGUCCAGAGCUUUAUUACCGCCAUGGACGCUGUCAAGCUCAACAUGCUCGCCAACGACCAGGUCCGCCCAUUGCUCCACGACCUCUCGACCUCCAUGGGGAAGUUGGGCCCCGUCCUGCCGCCGGACUUCGAGGGGAAGGUCAAGGUGAGCGAGUGGCUUGCCAAGCUGAAUAAGAUGGGGGCCGGGGAUGAGCUCACCGAGCAGCAGGCAAGGCAGCUCAAUUUCGAUCUGGAUUCGGCAUACAGUGCGUUCAUGGCUUCACUGCCCAGCACUGGCCUAUGAGAUCGUACUGUUUCAGAGUUGGUGUUCUUUCUUUUUCUUUUUGUUAUGCGGCUGUCUAUGGAUCAUUACUGCAUUGAUACAGGUCUGUGUAACUUGAAUUGUUCUACUGUAUUGUUUGUCAAUAUAAUAGCGCCAAUUUUGUGGUAACUGGUUAUAUAAAAUGAACAGUUCUUGAUUCUCAGCGCUGUAAGAUUGCAUGUACAAUGAUCCUUGUACGAAUACUCUGAAUGAUUGUGCUUAUGCUUCCAAA